GUAAGUGAAAUUAACCAGAUGACUGCGCCUUCAUAUCGGCCCUCACCCAAAAUCCUCAAUCCAAGCCCUAGAAUUCUCCUCCUACUCUUUCGACCAAAUCAUCAAUAGUUAUCUCAGCUAUCAAUCGGAAAAUCGCCGAAAUGACGACGACCUCUAGUGGCAGUAGUAGUACACCAGUCAUCGUUUCAGGCGAAGAUGAUGUACCCAUAUACUUGCGCGUUUAUAGGAAUGAGAAUUAUGAAGGUGGUCCUGGGUUCUUCUGGUACGUAAUCAAGACCAUGACCGACUGCUUCGAUGGCUUUGGUGCUUCGUACGAGAAAGUUUCCCCUCCAGUCUUCAGACAAGAACCCGGUCUCCGGGAUUAUUCCGGCUGCGUCUCCGUAGGCGGCACCCUAUACGCCCUCGGCGGUAUGGAUUCCAAACCACCUGGUUCCUUCUUUGGUGUGCAUAACCUGAGCCCACCUCGUUGUGAUGUGUUUUAUAUCGACACCACCACCCUUUGUUGUCCCGAAGAAGGAGUAGUAUCAGGCGGCGGAUGGAAGAAAUUAGACCAUUCCAUGAAUGUACCGAGAACGUGCCCUCAUGCUUUCGCCGUCAACGGCAAGAUCUACGUCAUGGGUGGUCAACCAUCUCCUAAGCCUGAGGUACUAGAUACCCGCCGCAUGGAGGAGGGUUGGCGAGAGUUACAGGACUCGACAGAUGUGCCUGGUCAAAUAGAUGGGCAUGCAGUUAUCGAUGGUGGCAAACGGAUUGUUGUGCAAUCUCGGGAUGAGCCCCAUCUCUAUUGUUAUGACGUCGAAGCUGAUUCCUGGCAGGUUUAUCUUGAACAUGUUAUUGAAUUACGUACGUGGGAACCUGCAUUCCUGGACUGGGAAUCUGCAUUUCUAGACGGGAUUCUGUACUAUCUAGACCACAAUAGGCCGGGGGUCAUGUUUGGGAUCGAUGUCUCUAGGCCUCAUGACACCGCAGAGCCAAAGAGGGUGAGAUUACCAUUGGGGUCUAAAUGUGAAGAUUGGGCUUGGGAUUGGAUACCCCAACCUAUCCCUGGGGAUUCAGACUUGGCGCUUCCGACGACGCACUUAGUCGCACUAGGAAGUGGGAAGUUGGCUGUGCUCUGGUCCGCAUUCGGUCCUUUCCGCAGCAAGAAGCGUGAACUUCAUGUUUAUUGCUCCACAAUCAAGAUGUCCAAGGAGGAGAAGAAACAUGAGGAGGGUGGUGGUGAUGAUGAUUUUGACUUGGUGGCCCGUCCCCUAUCUUUGUCACAUGUGCUCGUACAUGGCUCGGCCUUGGAGGACUGCCUCGCAGUUUUUCCAUCUCAAACAAUGGGGCCACAAGAGCAUGUGGAUGAUAGCAUCGUUUCAGCCAAUCACAAGAAUAGCACCGGUGGCAGCAACGACAAGAAGAAUGGCAGCAAGAAGAACAGGAAGAAGAAAGGAAGAAUGAGGGGGAGUGGGCAUGGGCUAAGCAACACUGGCAGUGUUGGCGCGAGCAUUGCCUGUGGUAUCAUUGGUGUGCAAGAAUAAGCUUGUGCAUCGCGGUUCCCUUCAUAAACCAACCGAGCCAACUGUUAGCUUUGUGCAACUUGGAUGUGGGAGAUAUUAGGGUACUGCAACGAAAUCCAUCUUGAAUAAAAAGAACAAUCGUUAAUGUUUUCCAAUUGAUGGUUUGGGAUUUUGAUGUGUGCGCGUUACGUGCUUUUCACUUUAUAUUUGAAGUUUUGAACCCCUACCUGGGGCUGGGGUUGAAAGACGGGCACUGCCUUCCUCUUCAAAAUUUAUUCUCAAGUUAAUUUGGCGU